AGUCGCCCCCCCCCUUCCCCCGCGCAGUGCUGACGGGGCCGCGUCUCGCCAUGGCUCCCAAGGGCGGCCCCGGCGGGCGGCAGCAGUCCGAGGAGGACUUGCUCCUGCAGGACUUCAGCCGCAACCUCUCGGCCAAGUCCUCCGCCCUCUUCUUCGGCAACGCCUUCAUCGUCUCCGCCAUCCCCAUCUGGCUUUAUUGGAGGAUAUGGCAUAUGGAUCUUGUUCAGUCCGCAGUCCUGUAUAGCGUAAUGACCCUCAUCAGUACCUAUCUAGUAGCUUUUGCAUAUAAGAAUGUCAAGUUUGUCCUCAAACACAAAGUAGCACAGAAAAGAGAAGAUGCUGUUUCCAAAGAAGUUACUCGCAAGCUUUCUGAGGCAGACAACAGGAAGAUGUCUCGUAAGGAGAAGGAUGAAAGAAUUCUGUGGAAGAAAAAUGAAGUUGCAGAUUAUGAAGCAACAACUUUUUCCAUCUUUUACAACAAUACCCUCUUUCUGGUCUUGGUCAUCAUUGCUUCAUUCUUUGUGUUGAAGAACUUCAACCCAACUGUAAACUAUAUUCUUUCUAUAAGCGCUUCAUCGGGACUAAUUGCCCUGCUAUCUACAGGAUCCAAGUAGACAAAAAAAAAAAAAAAAAAAAAAACAGCAGUUAAUUUCUGUGGGAGGGUUCAGUUUCCUUACAAAAGUUUAAGGGUGGAAGCGGACUACUUUUUUUAUAAUGUGACUGCUUGAGGGUUUCAGGGGAGAGCAUUUGAAAAGAAAAUGAGUGAACUAUAUUUACUUUUGGUAUCUUUACAAGGUAUUAUUCAAUAAUUGAAUGAAUCAGAUUUGUUACUUAGCAGAGAAAGAAGGCGGCAUGUGAGCAGUUACCAAGCAUAACUUGUACGAAGCACUUCAUAGGUGUGUUGGUACUGCAUAUUACGCAGUGGCACGGAACAGCCGUGCUCAGAACUGUUAACAGAAUUUGGUGACUGUUACAGGAGCCGAACUCACUGAUCAUAAAAAGUGACAAUCCGCCGUUUAUCAUUGUAACUUGAAAGGUUUUAAUAAAAAGGAGGCUUUUUUGUCAAUUAA